AUGUUUAAUUUCACUUCAGGUAUCUCAGACUCGGAAUUGUUUGGGUUGCAAACUCUUAAUCCUGCACACAUUGACUUUUCUCAUGGGACAAAGACCACUACUGCUGAGAAAUUUGCGCCCGAAUUCAACCUGAUCUGCCGUCAUGUUAGGCCACUCGACCUCUUUAUCUACGCUCGUCCUACUUCUAACUGCAGUGCUGUCGAAGACGCAAAGCAUGGGCUGGGACAGAAGCUAUACCAGUUAACAAACCCAGACUCGUCGGAACAUUGUGUUGAUAUUGUCGCGGUCCAUGGGCUCGAUGGACACUGGAGAAGAUCAUGGACUGCCUCUAAUAAGGUGUUUUGGCUCCAAGAUCUCCUGCCAGUGGAAAUUCCUUGCGCUCGAAUAUUCUCUUACAGUCAUGAUUCGAGAACGCGCGGUAGUGAGACACCGCUUAAUUGGGAUGUCUCUGACCAUGCCACGGCGCUUCUGACUACUUUGAGUACCGAGCGUCGUUUGACUGAGCCUUGGAGGAAUCAUUUUGAAAGCUUGGCGUUUCUAGGAACACCUCAUCAAGGGGGUGAAGGUAUUGCUCUUGUCGAGGUCCUUUGCCGAAUCUCAUCUAUUGUCAGCCACACAAACACAAAGAUUCUGAGCAAAAUGGAGCGAAACUCGGAAUGGCUACAAGAGCUACAGUCAGACUACAAUGCUAUUAGCCAGGAUAUUGAAACUAUAUUCUUCUAUGAAACUCUCAAGAUGGAUACAGGAAUAAAGAGCUUGCUUAUCGUGCCAAAACACUCAGCAAUUGUAUCAGGAGCAAGGAACUCAGAAGAAAUCCCGUUGAUUGCGGAUCAUUCUUCCAUGUCGAAGUUCACAACAAACAAAGACGACGGUUUCCAAACGCUCGUGAAAAGAUUGCGUAUAUUUGUCAAGGUUGCAAAACCCAAGGUUGAUGAGAACUGGAAAGAUUGGGAGUGGCGGAAUGGUCUACGAGUAAUCCAGGCGCAGCGGCGAAGAGUUGGACAUGACGGCAAGGAAUUUGCCUUGGGCAUAGUCUCAAGCAUCGCACGGAAUCCAUAUUUCACUGGACGUAAAGAAAUACUCCGAAGCCUUAGUCAGAAGCUUUCAUCGCCAAUGAACAGUCAAGGCCUGAGUCUGGUAGUACUCUAUGGAGCAGGCGGCAUGGGAAAGACGCAGAUUGCUACUGAGUAUGUGCAUAUACACCAUGCCGACUACACGUCAGUAUUCUGGAUUGAUGGAUCUCGCAACUACACUGCUGCUGCAGACAUUCUUAGUUGUGUUCACGCACUUAAGCGACACUACGAAAUCCAGGGUCUACGCGACAGGCCCUGGUACGGUCACAUUGAAGAAACUUUAGCGAAACGGUUCGAGGGUGUUGGAAGAAAGACACAACAAGAUUAUCCCACUUCUCUGUCAGCUGCCGGUGAUGAGACACUGCGGACGAUGUUCCUGGCAUGGCUCUCAUCUGAGGGAAACUGUAGAUGGCUCAUGGUUAUCGACAAUGUCGAUGACCUUGAGAGUUUUGACUUUCGAGAUUGGCUGCCACCAACAUUGUGUGGUUCCAUCAUCAUGACCUCUCGUAGAAGAGAUCUUGCUAUUCAUUGGAAUUCCAUCGAAGUAGACGGAAUGACCAUUGACGAGUCAAUCAAGCUAUUGAACCAGAGUAGCCAAGUUGUUCCAGUCAGCCAUGCUGCACAAGACUGGAACAGCGCAUUUGAACUAGUGCAGGAACUAGGUUACCUUCCCCUUGCUAUUUCACAAGCAGGUGAUCAUAUUGCGAUGAUCGAGACAGACUCCCCGGUGUCUAAUUAUUUGUCUCACUACCGAAAACACCCGAAACUGUCAUUCACGAGUAGAGGUACACACUAUCCCUGGGAAACUACCAAGAAAACAGUUUGGACAACGUGGGAGAUAUCUUAUGAAGCAGUUCGAGAAGUGAACCCUUUAGCUGCCGAGUUGUUGUUACUUUGCGGGUUCUUAAGUCCGAGAUUUAUCACUGCGUCGCUCUUCAUCGGCCAAAGAUCCACAGAGUUUGAAAGUUAUCAGGCUUUCAGGAUUCUUAGUUCAUACUCAUUUUUGAAGCGCUCGGACGGCAGCCAGCAUCACCAACGGGCAUAUACCAUCCACCCUCUUAUACAUUUCUGGAUCAGGCACAGACUGGAUAAUGAUAGCCAAAAGGUCAUAGCCCGACAAACCGCUAGGCUGUUACAAACGUACAACAAAGACUUGAACCAUUCGGAAGAAUCGAAUACGAUAUCUUCUGGCCUUCAUGUUAAGCACUUGCUAUCAAUAUAUGAAGAGCUGUACCCCUGUGACAGACACCCAUCUGAUUUCAUAAAUAUCCCAGCUCGACCCUCCCGGGAGGUAAUUGUUCGCGGUGUGCCUCAGGAUUACUCGAUUGCCUCCUUUGUUGAAGGUUGGAUACUAAGACUUCGUGGGCGAAUGGAUGAAUUUUAUUUCUCUGCCAAAGCAGUUUAUCAAUCACACGAAGAUUAUGGGCACGCCGACUACAAACUUCUUUUUUCCCUCCACCAGGACACUCGCGGACUCAAUGCUGAUACAAUGGACUGGAUUCUUUGUCAAGCGCUCAGUUUCUACCCGCCUAAGCACCCACGUAUACUCGAAAUGAUCGGAAACUAUGCAUUCAGCAUGUCCAAAGACUCGCGAAACUCCGACAUAGCUGUGCCUUGGUAUUGGUGGCUUCUUUUAGCACGAAUGCAGAUAUUGGGCGCAGGCCACCCAGCAACGGCUGAAGCAUACCUUGGGAUUGGUCUAGCAUCCACAGACUGCGAAGAAGUCUUAACAGUACAAUCGACAGCCUGCCACACUGGAAGACCCGCACUUGGAUAUAACGACAGCUUGACACAUAACGCAAUGCGAGUGUUCGCUCCCAGAUUUCAAGAUUGCCGUUACAGCACAGUCGCCGCACGCAACAUGCUGUGGCCAAUUGAUGGACUGAUGGAGCUACAAGGACCCCAAAUUACAAUGAUUACUUUUUGCUCUCGAUUCUAUGUUCUAUACCAUCUGACCACGACGAUGCAGUGCUACAGAGCAUAG